AUGGCCGGCAGCAACAAAGGGACAUGUCCCGAGGCUAUCAACCUGAAGAUAUACUCAACCAGAGUCGUUAAUCUGACACUCAUAGACUUACCUGGUAUUACUAAAGUGCCUAUCGGUGAUCAACCGGAAGAUAUUGAAAACCAAAUAAGAAACUUAAUAGUUAAAUACAUAGCGAAUCCAAACUCUAUAAUCUUAGCUGUGACGGCCGCUAACACUGAUAUGGCAACCAGUGAAGCUAUCAAAUUAGCAAAGGACGUUGACCCCGAUGGAAGGAGAACACUCGCUGUGGACGCGUUAAAGGACGAGGCUACGUAUCUUCAGAGGAAGUAUCCCACCAUAGCUUCAAGGAACGGCACUCCCUACCUCGCUAAGACACUCAACAGACUGCUCAUGCAUCAUAUACGGGAUUGUCUACCAGAAUUAAAGGUCCGCGUGAACGUGAUGAUAUCCCAGUUCCAGUCUCUACUGAACUCGUACGGCGAGGACGUGUCUGAUAAGUCUCAGACUCUACUUCAGAUUAUAACCAAGUUCUCGAGCGCCUACUGCUCUACCAUAGAGGGUACGGCCAGGAACAUAGAGACUACGGAACUAUGCGGCGGAGCCAGGAUAUGUUAUAUAUUCCACGAGACAUUCGGACGAACGCUAGACUCUAUACAUCCAUUAGUUGGUCUAAGUCGUAUGGACAUCCUGACGGCCAUCCGUAACGCCACAGGUCCUCGGCCCGCUCUGUUCGUACCCGAGGUGUCGUUCGAGUUGUUGGUUAAAAGACAGAUUAGGAGACUGGAGGACCCCUCGCAGAGAUGUGUGGAACUGGUGCACGAGGAGAUGCAGCGCAUCGUCCAACACUGCGGCACAGAAGUACAGCAGGAGAUGCAGCGCUUCCCGCGACUACACCAGAGGAUAGUGGACGUGGUCACACAACUACUGAGAACUAGAUUACCCGCUACCAACUCUAUGGUGGAGAAUUUGGUGGCUAUAGAGUUAGCGUACAUCAAUACUAAACACCCGGACUUCCACCGCGAGGCGGCGCUAGUGUCGGGCCUCUUAAAGAGUACCGACGGCAUAGUAGAAGAUCACAGCCCCAUGUUCAGACAGAAACCUCGACCCGCCUCUACGCACGUGCCGGCUAAAACAGACGGUCAGGAUAGAUCGCCUCCACAGAACAACUUCGACUCCGCACCUCAGGUGAAUGGCAGCCCUGAGAAUAAGGCUUUGACGCCUCAGAAGCCUGUGAACCUGCUGCCGGAAGUACCCAGCCAGACCUCCCGGAAACUGUCGGACCGAGAGCAGCACGACUGCGACGUCAUUGGUGCGAGGGAGCAUGUGUACCAAAAGUCUAAUAAGGUAGUCGACGGCAUCUGUAUGAUGCAGUUGAACCAUAUGGGUGACCUCGUGGAGCGCCUGAUCAAGUCGUACUUCUACAUCGUCCGUAAGUCCAUUAAAGACUCGGUGCCCAAGGCCGUGAUGCACUUCCUCGUGAACUAUGUGAAGGACAACCUGCAGUCGGAGCUGGUCACUCACUUGUACAAGUCGGACCAGGCUGAGAGUCUGCUCAACGAGUCCGAGCAUAUCGCGCAGAGGAGGAGGGAGGCCGCUGACAUGCUCAAGAACACCGCUCAUACACACAGACACACAUGCGCUCCAGCGAGCCGGUCAGAUCAUCAGCGAGAUCCGCGAGACUCACAUGUGGUGAUGCUCCGCAGACAACCCUCGUCUUAG